GAACUGGAUUUCUUUCAUGCUUUACAUUUGUCACACCCACCAAAGGAACCGGAGCCUCCCUCUCUGCUCAUCCAAACAGAUGACCCCGGCUUGGCAGGAGGCUGUCACUGCUCUGGGAAGCUCCGCGAGCCAUGACCCGGUGCCCUGGACUUUUGGGCCGGGCUGAUACAACACCACCAUGAUGGACCCCGAGAGACAAGUUUAUGGGACAGCAGCACUUAGGCCUGAGACUUGGGAGGUGUCUGAUCGGGAUCAGCAGGUGUGGAUCCUUCAGGGAGAGACCCUGGUGAUGGUUCCACGGAGCAGCAAUGUGACUCCGGCCACUGUCACCAUCCUCCCAUGCAAGUACCCUGAGUCCCUCGAGCAGGGCCGAGGGGUUCCCAUCCACUUGGGCACCCAGGAUCCAGACAUGUGUCUGUUUUGUGAGGAGAUGGACGGAUGGCCCAGGCUGUGGCUGAAGGAGCAGAAUAUCUUGGAUCUGUACAACCAGGUGGGGCCCGUGAGACCCUUCCUUUUUUACCACUCCCGGGAUGGGAAUACCUCCACCUUCGAGUCCGUGGCCUUCCCAGGCUGGCUCAUCGCCUCCUCCCAGGUUGGCCAGCCCAUCUUCCUCACUUCCGACCUGGGGACAACCAACAACAUUAACUUCUAUUUGAAUUUAAAGGCUUGAACUCAGCGUGGAGGUGGCCGCUUGCUCAGAGGCCUUUGUCUUCCAUUUUUUGAGCUCCCAG